UACUUUGUGGCCAUGAUGUACAUGUUCUUAGGGGUCUCCAUCAUUGCGGACCGCUUCAUGGCCUCCAUCGAAGUCAUCACUUCCAAAGAGAAAGAGAUCACCAUCACCAAAGCCAACGGAGAGACCAGUAUUGGCACCGUGAGAAUCUGGAACGAGACAGUCUCCAACCUCACCCUCAUGGCUUUGGGUUCCUCAGCUCCUGAAAUCCUCCUGUCCGUCAUUGAGGUCUGCGGCCAUAACUUCCAGGCAGGAGAACUGGGUCCUGGCACGAUUGUGGGCAGCGCGGCCUUCAACAUGUUCGUGGUCCUCGCCGUCUGCGUCUACGUCAUCCCCAAUGGCGAGAGCCGCAAGAUCAAGCACUUGAGGGUCUUCUUUGUCACCGCUUCCUGGAGCAUCUUCGCCUACAUCUGGUUGUACCUGAUCUUGGCGGUCUUCUCACCGGGGAUCGUCCAAGUAUGGGAGGCCCUGUUGACCCUGGUCUUCUUCCCAGUCUGUGUUGUCUUCGCCUGGAUAGCUGACAAACGGCUGUUGUUCUACAAGUAUGUCUACAAGAGAUAUAGGGCAGACCCACGCAGCGGGAUCAUCAUUGGGACCGAGGGGGAGUUCCCCAAAGGCAUUGAGAUGGACGGAGGAUUCGUGGCCAACGACCACCGAGAGAGUGUCUUCGUGGAUGGCAGCGCGGCAUCUGUGGCUCCCCUUCCCGUCGUCACCCAGGAGGAGAAAGAGUUGGACGAGAGUCGCAAAGAAGUCAUCCAGAUCCUCAAAGACCUGAAGCAAAAGCACCCCGAUAAAGAGCUGGAACAGCUGGUGGAGAUUGCUAACUACUACGCUCUACUGCAUCAACAGAAGAGCCGAGCUUUCUACCGCAUCCAGGCGACACGCAUGAUGACCGGGGCGGGCAACAUCCUCAAGAAACACGUCACGGAAUUCUCCAAGAAGGCCACCAACCUUCUGGAGGUGCCUUCAGAAGCCGAGGUGGAGGAGAACUUCAGCAAGAUCUUCUUUGAGCCAUUCAUGUACCACUGCUUGGAGAACUGCGGCUCGGUCACGUUGACUGUGUCUUGCCAACAAGGUGGAGACACCUACAACACAUUCUACGUAGACUACAAGACCGAGGAUGGGUCAGCCAAAGCAGGCUCAGAUUACGAGUACAGUGAGGGCACCUUGAUCUUCAAACCCGGCGAGACCCAGAAGGAACUGAAGAUUGGCAUCAUUGAUGAUGACAUCUUUGAAGAAGAUGAACAUUUUUUCGUCCGGCUUCUGAACCUGCGGGUGGGCGAUGCAGAAGGCAUGUUUGAGUCGGACUCUGCUGAGCACCCCAAGGGACGCUUGGUGGCCCCGCUGGUGGCCACCGUGACUAUUCUGGACGAUGACCAUGCUGGCAUUUUUGCUUUCCAGGACAAACUGUUACGGGUCAGUGAGUGCCAAGGGACCCUGGAGGUCAAAGUCACCCGGAGCUCGGGGGCCCGAGGGACUGUGAUGGUCCCCUACCAGACGGUAGAGGGAACUGCUCAAGGAGGGGGUGUGGACUAUGAGGACUCCUGCGGGGAACUGGAGUUCAAGGACGAUGAAACUGUAAAAUCGCUUCACGUGAAAAUUGUGGACGUCGAAGAAUAUGAGAAAAAAGACAGUUUCUUCAUUGAACUGGGCCAACCCCGUUGGUUGAAAAGAGGAAUCUCUGGUAAUCCACUCAUCUUAAAGCUUCCUGGCUGGGGAAUUCUGGAUGAGUUUGAUCCUGAGCAGAAACUCUCCGCUGAGGAGGAAGAGGCCUGGCGGAUUGCUGAGAUGGGCAAACCCAUCCUGGGGGAGAAUUCCCGCCUGGAGGUCGUCAUAGAAGAGUCCUAUGAUUUCAAGAACACGGUGGACAAACUCAUCAAGAAAACCAAUCUGGCGCUGGUGAUUGGCACACACUCCUGGCGGGAGCAGUUCCUGGAGGCCAUCACUGUGAGUGCAGGUGUUGAAGACGAGGAUGAAGACGGGCGGGAGGAGAGGCUGCCGUCUUGCUUCGACUACGUCAUGCAUUUCCUGACCGUCUUCUGGAAGGUUCUCUUCGCCUGCGUGCCGCCCACCGAGUACUGGAACGGCUGGGCCUGCUUCAGUGUUAGCAUCCUGGUCAUCGGCAUGCUGACUGCCCUGAUCGGUGACCUGGCCUCCCACUUCGGCUGCACCGUGGGGCUGAAGGACUCGGUGAAUGCGGUCGUCUUCGUGGCCUUAGGCACCUCCAUCCCAGAUACCUUUGCCAGCAAAGUGGCGGCCUUGCAGGACCAGUGCGCGGAUGCGUCUAUCGGCAACGUGACGGGCAGCAAUGCGGUCAACGUCUUCCUGGGCUUGGGGGUCGCCUGGUCCGUGGCAGCCAUCUACUGGGCUUUCCAAGGCAAAAACUUCGAGGUGCAGACAGGCACCUUGGCUUUCUCCGUCACCCUCUUCACCAUCUUUGCCUUCGUUUGUAUCAGCGUCCUCAUGUACCGCCGGCGGCCGCACAUAGGCGGAGAGCUGGGGGGUCCCCAAACCGCCAAAAUCCUGACCACCUGCCUCUUCGUGGGCCUCUGGCUGCUCUACAUCCUUUUUGCCGGCCUGGAGGCCUACUGCCACAUCAAGGGCUUCUGA